GACAGGGUUUCUCUCUCAUGGACUCAUGGUCCUCUGAUUUCGACGUUGGAAUAGCUCAAGAGAAUAUUUAGAAAUUUGUAGGAGAAGAGGGUCUAAAGAUGGGAAGAGAAGGGAAUAAAGCAAAGCCAAGACAUCCCAACAUGAGAGUGUCUAUUAAAAUCUUCUUUUUCUCUCUCUCUCUCUCUGCCGUUGGACAGAUGGGCUGUCCCUUUUGUCUUUACCCAUAAAGAAACUCUCACCUCCUCCGUAUCCCCUUCUCCCUCCUCCAUUUCCACACCCACACAAAAAUAAAACACCAGAUCCAAUAAAUCCUUCUCUUCCAUCGUCUCAACUCUUUUCUGUGUUCUUGUCUCUCUCUCUCUCUCACCUUCUCCUUCCUGUUAACUACAUUACACAGAAUGGGUUCAAGAGUUGGAAGGAAACAGAGGUGGUUUUCACAGCCUCUAGCACCACUAAUGGAAGGUCCUGAUCCAGAGACUCAAUGUGGGAGUAAGAAAGAGAGCUCUUGGGAUGUAAUUCGCAACUGGGUUCGAUUACAAAGAAGCUUCUCAAGUGGUAAUUUGUCCACUCCAUUUGAUGGAAACAGCCCAGUCAAGAGGCAAGAUUUGAGGCUCUUGCUUGGUGUCUUGGGUUGUCCUCUUGCUCCAGUUCCUUUAUAUGAUCACCCAAUUCAUCACCUCCCCAUGAAGGACGUUCCUAUUGAGACAUCGUCAGCACAUUACAUCAUUCAACAGUACAUGGCGGCCACAGGAUGCUUGAAGCUUACAAAAUGUAGGAAGAACAUGUACGCAACUGGGGUGGUGAAGAUGAUGUGUUGUGAGACAGAGAUUGCUUCAGGGAAGAACGUGAGGUGUGUAGGAAGUUGUAGAGGUGGGGAAACUGGUUGCUUCGUUCUAUGGCAAAUGUCGCCGGGAAUGUGGUCUCUUGAGUUGGUUGUCGACGGCAAUAAGGUUGUCGCCGGUAGCAAUGGAAAGAUCGUUUGGCGUCAUACACCAUGGCUUGGCACACAUGCUGCAAAGGGUCCCCAACGCCCUCUUCGCCGGAUCAUCCAGGGCUUGGAUCCGAAGUGCACUGCGAGCUUGUUUGCUAAAGCCCAAUGUCUAGGUGAAAAACGGAUUGGUGGUGAGGAUUGCUUUGUACUAAAAGUAGCUGCUGAUCGUGCGGCUGUGAUGGAGAGGAGUGAAGGCCCGGCUGAGGUGAUUAGGCACGUGCUUUAUGGUUAUUUCAGUCAAAAGAGUGGGCUUCUUAUAUACAUGGAGGACUCUCACCUCACAAGAGUACAAGCACCAGAGACUGAUACGGCGUAUUGGGAGACAACAAUUGGAAGUAGUAUUGGAGAUUACAGAGACGUUGAUGGAGUAUCGAUUGCUCAUCAAGGAAGAUCUGUGGCUACGGUGUUCCGGUUCGGAGAGGUGUCGAUGCAGCAUAGUAGGACCAGAAUGGAAGAAGCAUGGAAGAUUGAUGAUGUAGUGUUCAACGUUCCAGGCCUCUCUGUUGACCAUUUUAUCCCUCCAGCCGAUAUCUUGAAUGCUACUCAUUCACCAUUAAUUAAGCUUGAGAAGUAAUUAAUUUGUUUUUGAUUAGUGGUUUAGAUGGCUAGAUGUGGCUUCUUCUUCUUCAUAUACGAUUUGAUAUGGUAUACCCUCCCUCUUGAUAUCAACAACUCUCUCAUUUGUAACAAUCUUAGUUUACUAUAAUUAAAGCAAUUAAUUAAUGGUAAUUAGGGUUUAGGAUUGUAAAAUUUCUUGGGUGUAUUAUCAUGGGAAUGUACAUCUCCAUUAUAUUCAUUGUGAAAUUAA